AUGGCUCCCAACCAACAACUUGUGACUGUCAGCCUGGGCGAGUUGAAAACAGGCAUUUGUCCGCCCACUCUGGGAAUUUUGAUCGUGAAAGAACUUCCCGCGAACUUUCAACCACUACACAUCGAAUUGCUAUCAGUUGCCUCAUAUCUGGCUAAACUUUCACCUGAACAACUAGACCUCUUGAUCAAUCCAGUUGCUCACUACAAUUGGUCCAAUAUCCGGCGGCCAGAAUGCUUGCUUCCUGGCUUCCGCGAGACGUUUGGAGAAUUAUGUACUAUGAUCAUCGACAUUACUUUGCUGGUCGCGAAAGCCUGCGAUCAGUUUGCAGUUGAAUUCGUCGAAAGUAUGACGAUUCGUGCUCGACUCUUGUACUAUUUUCUCCCAUCAGAACCCUCGCUCGGUGUAGACGAAGAAGGAGUUUCUUGCACCUUCGAACCUGUGCCUUUUUUUCAUCAAUCCCCCGAUCCUCUGCCAGGUAUCUAUAUCCGCUCCCGAACGCCAGAGGUUGUAAAAGUCAAUGCCCCAUCCGAUUGUGUGACAUUUCAGACAGGUUCUGCACUGGGAAAAAUGACUGGCGGAGCGUUAAAAGAUGUUCCGCCGGUGUUCACCCAACCCAACCUGGAGGAAGUCGUGGAUUUGAAGACUGGAAUGACAUUUGGAGAACUAUCAGGCUCUCUGACGAGAAGCAUGCCGAGACGACGCGAAAACCUUGGCCUACAAAUGUUUAAAUAA